AUGACAGCCAACAAAGGAGCACUUUUGAAAAGAAGAUUAAUAAAAGCAAACAGAGUGAACAAGCCAGUGCCUGCAUGGAAAAGAGUUAUACCAGGAAACAAACAGCACUACAAUGCAAAGAGAAGACACUUUUUACGUACCAAGUUGAAGUAUCACGAAUAG